AUGCUGUCGCUCCCGUCCAAAUUACGUCGAAUCACUGGACGUCACGUUCUUAGUACCACUUUUUCUACAGGAAACAAAGGACCAUUUGCUCGCACUCGCAAAAGUCAACAAUCAAGUGGCACAGAGACCAUUUUUGAACGUACAGAGCUAAAGCUCCGUCGAUUGGCGGUAAUUGGUGGUGGAAACAUGGCCGAGGCGAUGAUUACGGGUGUCCUUAAAGAGGGACUUCUUUCCAGUUCGAAAAUUGUCGUCUCGGAUCCCAAUCCAACGAUUCGAUUAAAGUAUGAACACCUUCAAGUGGAAACGCAUACACGUAAUAGUUCAGCUGUCUCAGGUGCUGACGUAAUCUUAGUGGCUGUGAAACCUCAAGUGAUUGAUGACGUCCUACGAGCUGUCAAGGAAUCCAUGGACUCGGAUGCUUUGGUCGUGUCUGUCGUUGCAGGACAAAGUAUUAAACAGCUACAGACAAUUCUAGGACAAACGAGUCACAUUAUCCGGACAAUGCCUAAUACUCCAGCCAUGAUUGGAGAAGGCACGACCGUCUGGGCGCAGUCAGCACAAGUCACAAGUGUCCAGCAUAACCUUACAAAAGAAAUCCUUGGAUCCUUUGGAGUCGAGGUGUUUGUAGACGAUGAGAAUGCAUUGGAUAUGGCAACGGCCUUGUCUGGAUCUGGACCUGCCUACUUUUUCCUCGUCGCCGAAGCAAUGAUUGAUACUGGUGUCCACAUGGGCUUUUCUCGACCAGUAGCUACGAAAUUGGUUCAACAAACAAUGCUAGGAUCAGCAUUAUACAUGCAAGCUGAGAAUGUCCAUCCCGUCGAAUUACGAAACAACAUUACAAGUCCAGGUGGGACCACUGCUGCCGGUCUUUAUCGUGCUGAAAAAAACGGAUUUCGUGCUGUUAUUGCUGAUUCCAUCUGGGCUGCUUAUGAACGAUGUCUUGAACUGGGUGCCUCGGAGCCCGUCCAGCGUCAACGUCCUCGUUCAUAA